AUGUUCCCAAACGAGUAUCUUAGAUUUGGAAUGUUGAGAGUUGGUCCAAGUUUAUCGAUUAGAAAUAUCAUUAGAUAUAUGGAAGAAAGAAACAAUCUCAAUGGUAUUCAUGUUUUGGUUAUGUUUUAUCAAUUGUCAAUGCAAGUUGGUUCAACAAAUAGAAUUGGUUGGAAUGAUGAAAAUGUUCUCAAAACUCUCUGUCAAACAAUCGAUUCUUUAGUGAGUGAAGGAGAAACUAAUUGGGAAGGUGGUAUUUCAAUGAUGGUCAUGAUCCAUUGCUUAACACUCGCUUUCAAUACAAGACAAAACAAACCAAAUCAAAAAGAACAAUUGGAUGAUACAAACAAAAUGAUUAUUAAAGUGUUGGAGAAAUGUAGAUUGGUGCUUUGGAGUUGGAUUUCAAAGUUGGAACAUCUUAUUCAACAAGAAUUAUUAAAUGGAAGUGAUACUGAAACAUCAAUACUUAGACAAAGAAUGGUUUAUACAUCGAUUGCAAUUAUAAUGACAUUCAAUAUUGAUAAUAAUCUAAAACAACAAAUUAUUCAACACACCAACUAUUUCCAACAUAUUGAUUUUUAUUUCAAAUCAUUAAUCAUUUUGGAUGAGAAUACAACCUAUUCAAGUGAUAAGAGAAGAACUAUAGAAUCAUUUUGUCCUGGAACAACCAUUUUUUGA